AUGUUAUUCAACUUACCUCUGAAAUAGACAAGACAAGUCGAUUUACUCAAGCCUGUUGAGUAGGCCAUCCUGAACUGCUAUGGAGAAGUCACGCUCUUUACUGAAGUAAUCAUAAAAUCCAUAAAUUGCAGAUUAGGGAUGUUGUCGAGAAAACCUAAAAACUGAGAUAAAACUUAGAUUAUGAGAAGAUCAACUUAAGCAUCGCCACUGAUCCUCAAACAUCAGAAAACCUAGAGAACAACCUGAUUGAAUAUCUUAAGCACUUCUCCUUACUAUUCAAACAUUUAAGAUUCGAACAAGGAGACCAACGAUCCCCCUAAGUAAUGUUCUAUUGGAGUGACAGCUAUGAUCAUGUAUUUAUAUAUUGUACCACGAUUUCUAGAAAAGAAGCUGCCAAUUAAAUUAGGGCAGAUUAGAAUUGAUAUCCUAAUACUACAAUCUCGCAAUCUCUUACUAUUAUCAAGCCAAUAGCAAGAUUAUUAAGGAUACUGAUCCUGAUCGUAAAGCAGCAUACACAAAAUUGAGAAAUGGGCUAUGGGCUUUGGACUAAUUAAAACAACAUAUUCACGGACUAUCUAAAGAUUCAAUUUCUUAGUUAUAUGAUAUCACAACCUUGAAUCUGGAAUUCUUAGAACAUGCUGUAAUACUAAAUCUCUAAAUUAGUACUGUGGACUUUCAUACAAGGCCCUCUAUCAGAAUAUGAUGUCUCAAGUAAAGACCUUUGGUUUAAACAACGUAUGUGGUACUAUUUUUGAGGCAGCCAAAGAAUUCACCAUAUCCCUCAAGGCUAUUGAAGCUAUGAAUUCCCAAUACUAAAAACAAAUUGGAAAAGUACUAUAAAUCAUAAAUAAUCUUAGAACUUUCUUGCUUAAAUCUUGCCUAUGAUUCAAUUUAACUAAAUUUGGGCAACCGUCACUGGAUGUGUUUAGAUGGGCGUAUAUCAUUAUGGAAGAAUACCAGAUGACUCCAGAGGCUAGAAUAUGGGAAAGGCCUUGGGCUUUUUGAUUAGAGCACAAUAGUUGAUAUAACCAGUUGUUAACGACAAGAAUUCCAGUAAAAUAUACUCACCAGAUUAACUUGAUCAAUUGAAAUCAUUGAAUCAACAAUUGACUCAAUUGUCUACUGAAUAUAAUUACAAGAACUAACAGAUAUAUAAGGAAUAAAUAGUUGCUUAGGAUUUGUUGCCAUAUCCUUCUUUAAUGGAAUAAAUUAGAAUCAAACCUCUUGAACCAACUAGUUUCAAGGAACCUGCCUAAGGAGCAAACAAAUUUUCAGGCUUCAUUUCAGAAGAAGCUUUAUAAUUGUCUAGGGAGAUUAAGAUGUUUGUAGAAUAAACAAAAUACUCUCUUGAAGAAUCCCUAAGAUAGUUAUUUUGUUAAAAAAAUCAAGCCUAUACAGAGGCAUAUCUAGUUUACUUUAUCGAUAUGGCACAAUAAAAAUAACUUGUUUCAGGAGGCAUCCCUUAGAGUAUCUAGGAUAAAAUAGCAUAUAUCAGAAGCAGAGGAUGUUUGAGUGGAAUAGAAAAGAUAAUAGAAUAAGGAAAACAAAAAUCCAUCAUUUGCAAUUAAUUGCUAGGAUAAAUUGAAUAGGAAUUGCUGAAUGAAUAACAAUAAGACUAAAACAAUAGAAAUAAAUAUGGUGCUAAAUGGGCAAGAACUCCCUCAAAUUAAUUGAAUUAACAAUAUUUCAAUUCUCUCAAAGAUCUCAAGGCUAAAUACUUAUAAGCACAAGGAAUUGAUUUUGAUGUUAUGAGUGGUUUUGAGAAUUCCAAAUAAACUAUCAUACUUGCUGCAUAAAAUGACAACUAAAUUAUUGAAAAAUUGCCCAAAGAUAAUAACAAUUCUGAUUUUGUGAAUCAAAAUGCUUAAACUUUUACCCAAUUAACAUAAUUAGAUCAAAAAGUCAACUCUAUCAUAGAUUAGUUAAAGGCUAACAUAUAAGAGUAUAAUUAAGUCAUACAAAGUACAAAUUUCACUAAGAUUGCUGUCAAUGGCAUUAAUGAUGGAAUACCAAAAGAAUAAGUAUUUACUAUUGCCCUUUAAACUGUGUCAGCUCUUAUUGAAAAUUUUAACAAUAAUGUAAAUAUUUGAUUAAUCUUAAGAUGAACUUAGUCUCAGAAUUGAUCACUCAAAUUUGUGGAAUCGCCAAACAACUCUCUAACCUUAAGAAGCAAUCAAAUGAAUAAGUCCAAUAAUCCGGAUAGACUAAUAUCUUUGCCAAUGCAUAAUCUGCUAUCGAUAAUAUUGAUCAUUCAGUGGUCUUCUACGAGUACAAUUAAUAAUAUAUCUAGGCAAUUGAAAAUGCAUUUGGAAGAUCAAGACAGAAAAGUCAAGGAUUUCUUAAUGGCCAGAAAUCUUGAAUCAGAAUAACUAGUUUAAUAAUUGAAUUAACAAUAAACAUACUAGCAAUCCCAACAAAACCAAGCACCAUAUCAACAACCCCAAUAGCCAUAACAGUAAGCAGGAUAUUAAUAUCCAGUCUAUCCCUAAUACCCUCAAUAUCCACAAUAGCCUAACCCUCAAUAUCCAUAAUAACCAAAUCCUAAUCAACCUUAAGGUUACCCACAACAGAUGCCCUAUCCAACACAAUAGUAUCCAUAAUACUAGCAAUAGCCAAAUAUCUAAUACCCAUAAUAAAAUUAAGGAGCAUGGGGAUAACAGUACAAAAAAUGACAUAAUUUUACAUAAUUACA